CUAAUGGAGCUGCUGCUCCUUUAAGAGCUCCGAGGCGCUCGGGGAGGAAAUAGGAAGUCUGUUAUGAAGACUUUAGCACAAAGAAACAAAAACGAAAGCAGUUCUUGAGAAAUGGCGGGGAUAAAAGCUCUGGUCGGUUUGUCCUUCAGUGGUGCUCUCGGACUGACCUUCCUGCUGUUGGGAUGUGCAUUGGAGCAAUUUGGGGUGUACUGGCCACUCUUUGUCCUGAUUUUCUACAUCCUGUCGCCGCUGCCGCACUUCAUAGCCUCCAGGUGUGGAGAUGACACUGAUUCCUCCAGCAACGCAUGCAGGGAGCUUGCCCUCUUCCUGACCACUGGCAUCGUCAUAUCGGCGUUUGGGCUGCCCAUCAUACUGGCACGGAAGCAAGUGAUUUACUGGGGAGCCUGUGGCCUGGUGAUGGCAGGCAAUGCCGUCAUCUUCCUCACCAUUCUUGGUUUCUUUCUGAUUUUCGGCGGUGGAGAUGAUUUCAGCUGGGAGCAGUGGUAGAAGCCUGUGAUCACGAUGCCAGAUUGAGGGUAAAACCUCAUGUCUACUGGUCUGGAAACGCAGGAGGGAGGAGGGGAAGGGGGGGAGGGGGAUGUGCAAUAGAGGGACACUAAGGCCAAACUCCACUAAUCACAAUAAUGCGUUACUUUGGCAAUACUAUUGAGGAAGAGGACUAGGGGUCACCAAACCUUGGGGGUAUGGACAUGGACUGAGACGAAUGAGCAGGAACUAUGGCGCCCCCCCUGAGAGUUUCACUGGACCGCGGACUCUCACUUUAAAUCAAUAGCCAUCUCACCCAGUCAUGUCUCCUUUCAUUUCUAACUCUCUCUCAUUCUACACUUUCAGUAGAGCUUAAUGUGCAGCCCAUAGCUCAGUGCACACAAUAAGUGGUCACUGUAGACUCAUCACCACAUGCCGCAUUACUAUUAUAUUUGCAUUAUUUCACUUAUAAUUCCAGCAAUCACGUAGAUUCUGUGACGAUCGUCUAUGGAGGUGUGACAAUGAGCGCAGUAUUUCUCCAAAGAUCUCCUGGGAAACUGUAGAACUUAGCGAGCUUAAAGGUUAACUACAAACAAAAAGCAUAACAGAGCUUUGUGUUAAGACAAAGCUUCGGCCAUAUUGCAACAUAUCAGCAGAAAAAAAUCUCCAAACCCUCACUGCGGCCUUGACCGCAUGGGUUUGUUCUGCGUGAUGCUACCGCCUGGUGUGAUUCAUCGUUGCUCUUUCGUUAUAAAGAACUCUUUCUAACUCUUAACUCAGACAUGUUGGCCUAACAAAGUUCCUUCUUAUUUCAGCUGACUGUUAGUAUUCUACACUCAACAAUCCUCCAUUUCAGCUCUGAGGUUUCUAGGACACAGUGUGGCUUGAAGUUUGUAGUUACUCUAAUUCAUAUUUGAAUUUUAGGUCACUGGAACAUAGCCAAGGUUAUUGCUGCCUUUUUGUCCAUGAUCCUCAGCGUUGUUUGUCUUUCAAUAUGGCCGUCCUCCCUAAAAAUCCAUCAGCUGAAACGACCAAAUUUGGUGGAUAACUUUAAACAGCUCUAAAUGAAGGUUUUCUUUUAUUAUUCCACUUUUUUUUUAUUUAGACAACUUUCAAAUGUUCAUAUCCUUCUAUUUUUCUACCUGCCAUUUCUCUUCAGGCAGUUUAAAUAACACUGACAUGUUCUGUCCUCUCCACCUUUCUUUCUUUGUUGAUCCAACCAAAUUGUCAUCUCAAUAUUGUCUACAGCGUCCCUCAUACUACAGAUAUUAAGGUCCAGAAAGGUCCAGAAACUGGAGCGCCACCACUGCUAAGUAAAAUAUCACACAUUGUAAAACCUAUCGCACAAUUGUCAUGACUGAGCCAAGAAACUUGCCAAAAAAGAUAUAUAUACUCAUACCUAUGUCCAUACACCCCCCCCCCAUUCCUUCUCCUUUUCUAAUAGCGUUAUUUGGUCGAGCCAUUUUAUCAACCCAGCAGCAGUUUGUCAUUGCCAACAUUUCAACAUGUUGAUCCCUCUCACCAUUUUAGGCCUUAAUGUUCUCGAAUCCGUGUUUACAUAAGCGUUACCAAAGCACACCCCUUCCAAUCCUUCCUCUUUCAUCAUUCCCAACUUUAUGUUUAUCACUGAACCUAAUACAAACCAUGAUUUACUCCUACAGUAAGCACCUAAAGGCAAACAGGGCUGUGGGGGAAAGCCAUGCUGAUUCAGACAGGACCUGUGCCUUCUUUAAAUGUGUGUUGGGUGUUGGUUUCCAUUGACAAAAUGCUCUUUUCUAUGUUUUUUUAAGGAUGGUAGUUUAUUAUAAUUUGUCCAUUCCCUCCAAACUGACACAGCUCUGUAGCUAAAUAUAUGAAGACACUUUCUUUGGGGAAGUACCUAUGCAACUCAGAAUACACUUAUAUUUUUGUAGCUCUGUUAUCAUCUGGAUCUCGUCUGGCUCAUUCUGUCAUGAUUUCACGUUUCGUACUACUGGUAGUCAUUGGUGUUUUAAAACACAUGCAGUUGAUAACAGACAUGAUCAUUUUUAAUCCACUGUGUACUUGUUUCUUCUUCACUCAUUUCCACAAGAUUGCUUCAGUAGUUUUCAGAUUAACUGCAUAGCCUCAUGUGUUUAUUACAAGCAUUUGCAAAAACCUUUAAUUUGAUUGUGUGUAUAUACUAUUAUGAAAUAAAGCACUUGUAUUUAAA